CAUCAUGAAUCUGGUAUCUGAAGAGUCACAGGUGUCAUCUCAUAACUCAUCUCUAAAUAUGGACAUCAACAUAUCGGACACAGAUAUCUGGAAUCCCAAUGAAACAUUUGGUGAAUGUCAUAUGGAGCCUGAUGAUAAUAUAUUUGUAUCUACAAUAUUACCUAUUGUGGUUUGUGGUGGAAUUGUGGGCAUUGUCUUGACUGUUAUAGUGCUUGGGCGUAAAACUAUGUGCACUUCGACAAAUUGUUAUCUGACAACACUUGCUAUUGCUGAUCUCCUUUUUCUUCUUCUGCUCUCGUUCAAACUGCUGAUGGAGAGAAUACUUGGUUGUAUUAUUUCCAAUCGGGAUGAAUACAUUAUACUGACUCAUUAUGUUGAUAUAUUUAUGAAUUCUUCUCAUCUUGCAUCUAUCUGGGUGACUGUUAUGUUGGCCGUUGAACGGUAUAUUGCCAUCUGCUAUCCCCUUAAAGCUAUGUCCAUAUGUACCAUUAAUCGUGCUCGUUGUGUGUUGGCAACCAUUUGUGUGUUGUCCUUUGUCUGUCGAGUACCAAACUUUUUUGAAGUGGGAAUUAUCUGGGUAACCAUCAACAAUGAAACUGAAGCAAUGUGGAACUGGACCUCUGAUGCGUACGACAAUACCCUCUAUGUUCUUAUUGUGGAUGUGGUUUUGACAGCUAUUUUACCGUUCAUAGCACUCACCAUCUUCAAUAUUCGGCUCAUUGUUGAGAUUCACAAGUCAAGUCGUUACCUACGUUACCAUCUGGCUGCUGAUUCUAACGUCCAGACAGUAAUAUCAAAAGAACAGAUGAAGAUUACCAUCAUGUUGAUCAUAAUAAUUCUGGCGUUCUUUCCCUGCCAGGGUCCAUUUAUUGUAUACCACGCUAUAUUUGCUUACAACAGAUUCAGUCUCACGACUACCAUAGAUGAUAUUUUUGGAUCAGUUCAAGCUUUUGAACAGUUUAAAACUGCUACACAGAUCCUCAUUGCAUUAAAAUCCUCCUUGAAUUUUAUUAUUUACUGCUGGUUCAGUGAAAAGUUCUGGAACACUUUUAAAAGAAUCUUUUGCUUGAGGUACUGCGUCCCUAAACAACUACCAAAGAGAAAUGGUCACAAUAGCAACAACAAUUGUCACCGACCUUCAUAUCUUAUUACCAGAGAAACAACCUGCUGACUAAUAAUGGACAUGGAUCCUGGAAUUGAAAGAGAUGGAAACAAGAUCUGAUUUUCCAGAAGAAACAGAACAUACAGAUAUCCAAACAUUUCAUUCAUUGUUAAUAAAAACUUCAACUUUCAUGAAAAAUAUCACUUUCAUUUUGAUAUUAUUCUUCAACUUUGCAAAUGAUGGAUACUGUGGAAGAUGGCAUUGGGAAUAAGACUGGAAACAAUCAAUCAAAUCUCUUGGAUUUCCAAAAUAAACCAGGAAAGUUCCCAUACAAGUACACUUGUUGAGUUUGCUUGGUGCAUAUUGGCUUUAUGAAAAGACUCCUAGAAAACUAGGAUAUGGUAUCGAACUUUGUUUAAAACAAAAAUUUCUCAAAGUGAUUCUGUUGAUCAGGAGCUACUAUAUGUCUUGACAUUUAAAUAGGGGUUUUGUUGCUGAAAUAAAAAGCCCAUGGCUGAAACUGUGAUGUAAGUUUAAGUUAGUAAAGACAUAUAUGAACAUGUGAAAACAGAAACAAGGAAAAGCAGAGAGUGAUAUGUCAAAUAUGCUUAUAUUUUAAACACACUCUGCAUUGUGGACAACAUGGGUCCUUUAGUGACACUUUUAUUGUCAUAGUGAACUUUUGUGCGGCCUAAAAUUAAAAUCAUGAACAAAUGGACAAUUAAAAAGGCUGGUUCUUCAUAAACGGUGGGAAUAAAUAACCAGAACUGGCCGAAUUAUAUGUAUAUAAAUGUGUAGACAUUAAAUUUAUUCAUCUAGUUUUUAAAAUGAUUAAACCAUAAUUUGAUUUGGGUAAAAAAUGUUUCUAUUCAAUGACUAAAAACUAGUAUUAGUAUGCAAACUGGCAUAUGAAAUGGGUUUAACGUCCUACUUUUCUGCUAAUGAAGACAGAGAUAUGCCAUGUUGUUUUAAGUAACAUGUACUUAUAUCUUUAUAUAUUUAAGUUACAUUAUGAGAAGAAUGUUACAUUAAAUGUGUUUCGAGUAGAAUGUCUGUAAUAUUGUUAUAAUACAGACUUGGAAAUAGCAAUCUUAACUUAACUAGACCUUUUCAUCCAGAUUUUCAGGCAUGGUUUCCCCUUGUCAAGGAUUGAGGAUGGAGGGCCUGACAAGGACAGCUGUCUAGUCAUUCGGAUGAGACAAAAAACCGAGGUUCUGUGUACACAUUGGCGUGCACGUAAAAGAUCCCUUGACAGUUGGAAUUCGAUAUAACAGUUGGCCGUAGUGCCGCUGUCCAGGCAAAAUUUCCCUCAUAGCACACUGUAUGGCGUAUGCCCGUCUUCAUUAGCCCAGUUCGGAGCAAAACAGUAGGACAUUAAACCCCAUUUCAUUUCUUUCAUUUAACUAGACCUUAGUGUGUAAUUUGAUAUUAUUGACCAUAUCAUUAGAAUAAGUGACAAGAAUAUCUCAUUUGUUACUGGUCUACCACAAGGGUCUGUACUGGGUCCUAUGUUAUUUCUUCUCUGAUAAUAAAAUCAUCAUCUCCAUGAGAAACAGCAAAACCCUUGGAUACAUAUAACUGACUAUUUCUAUGCCUUAAAAUUUGAGCAUAUUAUUAUUGAAAAUAAAUGAUAAUGAUUCAAUCCUGGGACAGGUUCCAUUAGCAAGGGGGAGUUUUUCUAUGCUUUCCAUGAUUCUCAGAUGAACUUUAGAGGAAAUGUAAACAAUAUAAAGUCAGAUAGAUAGGCAGGGGCCAUAUUAUUAAACCUUUGGAAGUAUAUAAUAAAAUCUUAAAAUCUAUGUGAUAAACAAUAGUUAAUGUAAUCUUUAAGUGGCAUUUAGUGAUUGGGGUACACAAUAACAGAACACAAUUUUUAUGGGAAACAAUCACUGGUUUUAUUCUAAUAGCACAACGUUUCGACAAGUAUCCUCUUAUCGUUAUCAAGCACAAUGACAUUUAGUAAACUUGGAUUUAAUAUAUAAGAGUUCAUGAUGAAGCCAUUUACAUGGGGUUUAACGUCCUACUGUUCUGCUCCUAUACCAGGCUAAUGAAGACGGGCAUACGCCAUACAGUGUGCUAUGAGGGAAAUUUUGCCCGGGCAGCGGCACUAUCGCCUACUCUUAUAUCGAAUUCCAACUGCCAAGGGAUCUUUUACGUGUAUUCCAAUGUAUGCAUGGGACCUCGGUUUUCCAUCUCAUCUGAAGGACUAGACAGCUGUCCUUGUCAGACCCUCCGUUCUGCACCACUGACAAGGGGAAACCACGUCAGGUAAGGGAUCAAGAUCAGGUGUAAUAAUAAUGUUCAUGUCUUUGGUAACAGUAAUAAGUCAGACUGCAAAAUCUUGCUACCGGUAAUACUCUCUCAGAGGAUGACCAAGAUAUUUUGCUGCUUCUCUCUUAGUGGACGUCAAGAGAUCUUUCAACAUUUUUAUGACACUAGUAGUAGUGGUAUAAUUGUGUGGCAGGAUGCUGAGAAGUCACAUGCAAGCAUUGGUAAAAAAAAAAAAGUAAUUUAAAUUUUCUACGAAUAUUUUAUAUUGUGGCAGGUAUUGCAUAAUAGAUGUAUGUAGGUACAUAGUUUGUAUUUUGAAUCAAAGAGGUGGUGAAAUUCUUCCAUGAAACUGCAUAAUAUUGUGUAAUGUUAAUAUUUUGAUCUUUGAAAUUAUCAAAGAUAUUUUUCAAUUAUAAUGAUUAUGUGUAUAUAGAUUUACAUAUGUAUAGAACACAUGUACAUGCCAAUAAAUAUUUACAAAAAGACCCCCAUAGCUGUGGAUUUUGCACUCAUGAACACCCAACUUACUUAAAUAUACACACCAUGGGAAUAUGAACAUUUAGUGGAAAUUUUCAGUAAAUCAUUUGGUGGAUUACUGUCAACAAAAACUUAAAGAUGCAUCAUGCAAGAUUUAGAUAAAAUGCAGGCCGUUCUUGCUAUAAUUAUAGUUCAAAAAUAGAUAAUAAAGAUGAAUUAUACACUGCAAAUUUCAUUCAAAUUACUUUAUUUUGAGCUACGUUAUGAGUGUUGGAAGAUGCAGUGUAGAUUGUUUAUUAUCGUUUCAUGGAACUGGACAAAAGAAAACAAGGCUCGAUUAUCCAUUGUAUCGUUACAUUUUUAAAUCUCGCAGGCUUUCGCAUCUGAUUGUAUAAAGAAUUGAUUAUGGGUUUGUCAUGUUAAUAAAUGUCUAAAUAAUAGUUUUAUAACAUUUGGAGCCAAAAAAAAAAGACCUGCAAUAUACAGAUUUAGCUCUUACAAAAUGUAUCUUUACAUAUAGUCAAAUUAAAUAAUACUGCCCACUAGCACUAAAGCUCCCUGUGCUAGAUCAAAAUUUAUAACAAAUUGGUCAUAGUAAUGGUUAUCUAGAUUUCAUUGUGUGAUAUUUCUAACAAAUGACUAAAAUAUAAUUGUAUAUAUGUAUAUAAUGAUCAGAUUAAAUGAAAAUUUAAUGUGACUGACCACAGGCUGGGUUUGUAAAAUUAGGAAGUGUGGAUACGUUAUAGGAAGUGAUAGUGUUUUCAUGGUCAUAUUUUAGUUUGAUAUACAAUAAAUGUAGUUCUAAGAUAUUCAAUUUCAUUUUGUUGUUUGUUUGUACAUUGCAUUUCAAACUUGUAAAUUACAUGAGUUCAAAAAGCUAAUUGGUAUUUGUUGUACCUUUUGUCUGUUAUAUACGUAUACAUAUACCGGUUAUUGUGAUAUCAUAUACCACUUUCUGUUAUCUUGUAUUGAUAUAUAUAUAUUAUAUAGCUGUCAAUGGUGUAAAUGCUCUAGUUUUGUUGUAUUAUAUAAUAUGUGAUAAAAUGUAUAGGAGGUGUUAGUUAUCAUGUUAAAUAAAUAUAUAUAUAGUUGCAUUAUCAUAUGUUAUUAUGUCUAGUUUUGUUAUCAUGUUUUAAGUAUUUGAAAUUUGUUAUCAUGUUUUAAGUAUUCCGGUUGUGUUACCAUGUUAAAAGU